AAGCCGCUGAUCCGCAAAGACCUCGCCCGCGUCUUUCGGCACUGGCCGGCCUGGGACGCGAGCUGCACCGCCAUCGUCGACGACGACCCGCUCAAGUGCUCGCACAACGCGCCGCACACCGCCGUCCACCCGGCAAAGUGGCGCGCGCUCGCCCCGCCGCCCGGCUCCGCGCAGGAGCUGGCGCCGCACGGACCGCUCUGCGCGUACCUCGAGCGGCUCGCCGCGGCAGCUGACACGCAGGCGUUCAUCCGCGAGACGCAGUACCACGCGCCC